AUGGACACAGACGCCAACAGAAUGACCGGACCAGACAAGUGGGAAGCUAUCAUAAAUGAACACAUCGUCCUGGCAAAGCGAUGUCAGACAACCAGCUUCCACGACGCCCCUGAGAAGCUGUUUCCACACGCAAGCCUCGAGCCUCCCCAGGUUGAUACGAGCACUAAUACAAGUCCCAUCAACCUCAAGCUGAUCGACCUGCACAGAGACACCGUCCGCGCCGGCCGCAAGGCCUAUGGCAAAUUUCACGCUGUCAUCGAGGGACUCAAGACGGAGAGGCCCAAGGAAGACGCGUGGGAGGACAAGAUUGGCUCUGCGGCCAUCAUCGCCAAGGACAAGAUGGUCGGGAUCCUGGAUAAGAUGGUGGAUGGUGGUAAAGGAGUCCUCCGGGACAUUUCCGACGAGAGUGCACAGGUCGAGAAUGCCAAAUACUUGAACUUUUGUGUGAACGGCCGCAAGGGAGGGCAGCAGCGGGUCUGGACUGCGCUUGAGACAGCUGGACGCAAUGUGGAUGAGGCUGAGGCGGCGGCGUUGAGAUGGGUCGCUGGACGUGAAACCACCGCCAUCAUUCCCUCUUCCAUUUCGACCUCUCCUUCUUGA